CCUCACUGCAGCCACUCAACCGCCUUCACAAUCCGGGUUUCAACCUCAGCUGGACUUAAAGCUCACACAGAUCGUUUUCACGUCUCUCCGCGUUUUUUAAAAAAAAAAAAAAAAAAAACCCAAAUCAGCGCGUGACUUUGACUCCGGAGCGACGACGGCUGAUAUGACACUUAUGAGGAUUUUGGAUAAAUGCAGCGUUACAAAAAUGGAGCUUUUGGUUUUUUCUGCGUGGCAGACGAGCAUGACGCUCACUCUCAUGCUUUCUGGGAUUCAGGCAGAAUCAAGUCAGUCUCAGAGUGCAUACUUCUUGCCUGAGUUUGCUCUCUCUCCACAAGGAAGCUUUCUGGAGGACACAACAGGAGAGCAGUAUCUCACAUAUCGCUACGAUGAUCAGACAUCAAGGACCACACGCUCUGAUGAGGAGAGGGACAAUGGAUGGGAUGCUUGGGGAACGUGGAGCGAUUGCUCUCGCACCUGUGGAGGAGGAGCCUCUUAUUCUUUACGGAGAUGUCUCAAUGGAGGGAAUUGUGAAGGAAGAAACAUCCGUUACAGGACAUGCAGCAACACAGACUGCCCUGCCGAGUCAGGUGACUUCAGAGCUCAGCAGUGCUCCGCCCACAAUGACAUCAAAUACCAGGGACAGACAUAUGAGUGGGUUCCAGUGAGCUAUGACCCGAUCUCGCCCUGUGCUCUCAAGUGCCAAGCUCGAGGGAAGAGCUUAGUGGUGGAACUGGCACCUAAAGUGCUGGAUGGCACUCGGUGUAAAGCAGAUUCCCUGGAUAUGUGCAUUAAUGGCAUAUGCCAGGAAGUGGGCUGUGAUAGGCAGCUGGGCAGCAACACUAAGCCGGAUAACUGUGGAGUGUGUGGAGGAGAUGGCUCGAGCUGCCACCUGAUCCGAGGCCAAUCACAGAUACAUGUCUCGUUAGAGGAACCCCUGAAGACGGUGGUUGAAGUUCCUCUAGGAAGCCGAGGUCUGAGACUCACAGCCAAGGGUCCUGACAUCAUAAUGAUCGAAGCUCACAGUCUAAACGACAGGAGAGAGGAGCUGGUGUUGAGCUCUCCAGGCUCAUACACUCUGGCCAACAGCACUGUGGAUUAUCAGAGAGGAAGAGAAGCUGACAGACAGAUUCUGCGCUGCCAUGGGCCACUCACUGCAGACUUCACCAUCAAGGUGAAGUAUGCGGCUCCUAAAGACACAGUGGUCAUGUUCAUGUUCUACCAGCCGAUCCGCUAUCAGUGGAGAGAGACGGACUUCUUCCCCUGCUCUGUAAAGUGUGGAGGAGGCUACCAGCUAAACUCAGCCGAAUGUGUGGACAUCCGCUACAACAGAACUGUCGCAGAUCAUAACUGUCACAGCUAUCCGGAGAACACUAAACCCAAACCCAAGCUAAAGGAGUGCAACAUGGAGCCCUGUCUCGAAAGUGAUGGCUUCAAAGAGGUCAUGCCUUACGAUCACUUCCAGCCUCUUCCACGGUGGGAGCAGAACCCUUGGACAUCGUGUUCAGUAUCUUGUGGAGGUGGAAGUCAGGAGCGCAGUGUGGUGUGUGUGGAGGAGGACUUGCAGGGCCAGAUUGUUCAGGUUGAGGAAUGGAAGUGCACACACUCCCCACGGCCCGUCUCCAAACAGGGCUGCAACAAUUUUGAAUGCCCAAAGUGGUUGGCAAUGGAAUGGUCUCAGUGUACAGUAACCUGUGGCCGGGGUUUGCGUUACCGUGUGGUUGUGUGUGUGGAUCACCAAGGAGAGCACACAGGAGGCUGCACUUCUGAACUCAAACCCCACAUCAAAGAGGAGUGCUUAGUGCCAAUCGCAUGUCACAAACCCAGAGAGAGUGUGCCCGUAGAAGCCAAAGUCCCAUGGCUAAAACAAGCCCAAGAAUUGGAGGAGACCAGAGUGGCCACUGAAGAGCCAACCUUCAUCCCAGGCCCGUGGUCUCCCUGCAGUGUGUCUUGUGGCGUGGGCAUACAGAAGCGCACUGUGAAGUGCAGAGUCUUUCUCUCCUUCACUCAGGCCGAGGUGGACCUUCCAGAUGAGGAGUGUGGUGAGGAUAAGCCUUUGCUCCAGAGACCCUGCACCCUUGAAGCCUGCUCCAAAUUGCCAGAUCCUCCACAGCACCCACAGGAAAAUCAGAAUAAAUCCUCCAAGAAAAACUAUGUUUGGGAGUAUAGGGGUUUCACAGCAUGCUCAGUCUCCUGUGCUUUAGGCAGGCAGAUGGCUGUUAUUCGUUGUGUAAGGGCUGGGCGACGGGAGCUGGUGGAGGAUCCACUCUGUGAUGAGUCACUCAAACCCCGCACCAUCAUGCGCAUGUGCAACCCUCAGCCUUGUCCUGCCAGAUGGGAGGUGAGCAUGUGGAACGCAUGCUCGGUGUCAUGUGGCGUCGGGUUGCAGACACGCAGCGUGUGGUGUGUGAGGUCUGUAGGAGCAAAUCACAGCGAGCCAGCGUCAAACUCUGAGUGCCAAGGACCCCGCCCUACAGAGGUUCAGGCCUGCAAUCAGGUGCAGUGUGUCCCCACCUGGGAGACCGACGAGUGGCAGGAGUGCUCCAGUUCAUGUGGGAGAGGAACGCAGCGGCGUAAGGUUUACUGCAGGCAACGUUUGGCCACAGGGAACUAUCGCCGCCUGCAAGACGAGGAGUGUGACGGAGUUAAACCCAAUACACACCGGCCAUGUGUCAGCAUGCAGUGCCUAAAACCCCACCUAGUGGGCGGGGAGUGGUCCAAGUGCUCUGUGACAUGUGGGAAAGGAAUCCAGCGCAGAGAGCCUGUGUGUAGAAGGCAGACUGCGUCUGGUCAGCUGGUCACUCUGGACAGAUCUGUGUGUAUCGGCCUUCAACCUCCACCUCUAAUCAGGAGCUGCCGAAUGAGUCCCUGCAACAAGCACAAGUACUCCAAGAAACAUUGUCCUCAGGUUCUUGGGCUCAGACGCAUCUACAUCCAAACAAAACAAGAGAAAAGGCUUAGCUUCACAAUCGGUGGACGCGCUUAUCUUUUCCCAAAGACAUCAGUCGUUAUCAAGUGUCCUGUACGCUACUUUCCCAAAGCCCAGAUUCGCUGGGAGAAAGAUGGUGUGGACCUUCAAAGCUCCAAACAUCUAACUAUCACAAAAUCUGGAGCCUUAAGGAUCUACAGCCUGGAGGUUAGAGACAUUGGGCAGUAUCGCUGCUGGGCUAACCAAGAUUCAGAUAUCUUCAUCCUAAAGCUGAUAGGCCAUGAUAACAGGCUGCUAGAACAUCCUGAGGGUACGAAAUUGGUAAAGCAGAAAAUCAACAGCAGCUCCAGAACUUUCCCUAACAAAGAGGGAGGUAUUGUUAGUUCCAAGUGUCAGGACAAGGACCAGGAGUUUUCUCUGGCUAAGAAGGUCCAGAAACAUGGUCAAAUCUGGUUGCAAAAGAAUGAGCUUUACCUGGAUGAGGAUCAAACUAAGGAGCCUGGGGAUCCCAUGGAUUUAGGUAACUAUCUUCUAGCAUCUACUUCUACUAGUGACUCUGUGAUUUCAGCAGCUUCAGGAGCCUUCACUCUGGAGCCAGCUGAGUUUGAAGAACUGGUCAGAAACAUCAGCCAGCUUGCAGAAAGUGGAGAUGUAACAGAUGACCUUGCCUCACAACUUAUUGGCAAGCUGAUGGAGGAGAUAGCAGCAUCCCAGGCCACAAGAGACAAGGAGACAAUCCAAGUGGAAAGCAAACAUCUAGACAGAACCCCUAACUCCUCUGAACUCUCUGGAGGGAAGAGUAUGAAGAGCAGAGCGGUUAUCGUUCGUCAUAGCCCACAUGGGUCUGCCAUGAGCUUUCAGAGAGACCUCAGUAUUAGUGUGGGAAGGACUGCCUACAUAACCAAUGCCACUCGAAGCCUGACACUUCUCUGUUCAGCUCAGGGUAUCCCAAUACCUACUGUGUCCUGGACCAAAGAUGGAGUACCACUGCAAGCCAGUGCUGGAGGACUGCACAUUGCGAGCCCUGGCGCCAAAGAUGUUGGAAUCUACAGGUGCACAGCAAACAACGAAAUGGGAUCUGAUUCAGAAACAACACAGGUGCUAUUGGCUGAACACCCUGCUAUUAUGGCUACUUGGAAGAACGUAUCUGACCUGCACAGUUCCAAUCUGAAAGUGGUAGUAGGAGGCAGAAUAAGAACCCAUAUUGGUGCCAAUCUCACUCUAGACUGUCCAGUUACAGGUGUUCCUCAGCCGAGUGUAAGCUGGCACCGUUUAGAGGGCAAGCUGAAUGCCAACAUCAUUUUACUCACAAAUGGCUCUCUGCUACUUCACAAUCUCACGCUGCAGGACGACGGCACCUACAGCUGCGUAGCCUCCAAUCCCAUCGGCAAAGCUUCAGCCUCUAGCAGGAUCCACGUAGCUGAUGUCAAUGGGGCAGCAUCUAAUGAGAAAAGCUCCUUGUUGAAGGAUGUAAACAGGAAAAGAGUCGUGAUGGCCUCCCGCGCUGGAACAGUCAUCACAGUCAGCCCUGGGGACAUCCUGAGGAUAGGUUGUCCAGUUGUCCCGAGCCACAGGAAACCCAUCAAAUGGUCAUUUGAGAAUCAAACCCUGAAGCAGACGCCGGGUCUACACUACCGCACACUUGCUGCAGGUCGCAUUCUAGAAGUGCACACUCUGAACAGCAGGUUUGAAGGACGCUUUGCGUGCCAAACCCACAGCAACAAUCAGAUGAUCUCUGCCUGGAUUCACAUCCUCUCACAAGAAUUUGAGUGGCGUUUGGCUGAAUGGAGUGUGUGCAGUGCGAGUUGUGGAAAUAAAGGAUCUCAGAGCAGGAAGGUUCACUGCGUAAGUGGCAGUGGGCACGAGAUGCCCCCCUCAUUCUGCCAACAUCUUCCUAAACCAUUCUCCCUAACACGGCCGUGUAACCUCUACGACUGUCCUCCCAGCUGGGGGUCCACCGUGUGGUCCAAAUGCUCCACGUCAUGUGGUCGCGGUUUCCGGCAGAGGCGGGUGUCAUGCGAGCGUCUGGAGGCCAGCGGGAGCAUUCAGGUUCUGGCCGACACAGCGUGUGAAGGAAUGUCCCGCCCUGAACACAGAGAGCUGUGUGUUUCAGAAGUUUGUGCUGAGUGGAUCAGCGGAAACUGGGGACAGUGUUCCGGCCGCUGUGUUGGUCCAGCUGUGGCGACUCAGAGAAGAACAGUGAUGUGCAAGAAACUGAACGGCUCAGACUCCAAUGCGGCCUGUGACCCCAGAGAAAGACCAGCCUCGGUAAGGAACUGCACGUCAGAAAUGUGCAAUGUUCACUGGAGGGUGUCGCCAUGGCGAAUGUGCACUGCAACCUGUGGAAGUGGCUUCCAGUCGCGCAGGGUUGAAUGUGUUCAUCACCAUAACAACAAGACCCUUCCUGACCUUCACUGCGCCUGGCAACGUCGUCCUGUCACCUGGCAACACUGCAACAUCACUUCCUGUGGCAAUGAGUGUAAGGACACAACACAUUACUGCGCAGUGGUGAAACGCCUCAGGUUGUGUCCCAUUGAACUGUAUACACAGAGAUGCUGCAAGUCCUGCUCAGAGGACUCGGGCACUAUCUAGUGCGGGCUGAUGGAACAUCUCAAGCUUCUACAACAUUACAACUUACUCCUGAAAACUGCUCUUCUUUCCAAUCCAAGCACAUGUGGAAAAAAUCUGAAGUGGAAGAACUCCAGGAGAGAGUGGCAUUUUUGGCACACGGCCAGGUUUAAGUGGAUACUCUAUGUAAUUUGGACUAAAGAGCCUUUAUCUAGGCUGAAGCGAGUUAUGGGUGUGCACUGGCAAUUUGCCGCUGACAGAGAAAACGGCACUAAUUCAGCUCUCUCCUCUCAUCAUUAUAUAAAGUUCAUUAUUGGCAUCAUGUGUGGAAUAAUUUAUAAGAAUGUGUUUUGCUCUAUAUUUAAUCAUCAGGAUGAGAAGCAGAGAAUAUUGGACCAUUCACAUGUGUGAAGGGAGGCUAAAAUAGGUACAGCUGAAGUGUACAUAGGGUACUUCCAGUAGCUGAAAAUCUGAAAGCAUUUUAAGGGUAACACUUUAUUUGAAGGUUAUCUAAAUAUUGACUUCAUAACGCACAUAUUAGCAGUGAAUAAAACGCUUAUAGAAUGAUGUCUGGGUAUAUAAGAACAGCAGCUUAUGACAUUUUCCCCAUGAAAUCAAGUAACCACAGAGAAUCACAGUCCAAGAAGGUAUGCAUAGAAAAGGUCUGUAGUUACAAACAAGGAAUGUAAAUUUAUAAGGAUAAGAAGUGACCCAUUUUCUCACAUUAAAAAUACUGUGUUUUUAUGCAAUCAAAAGUAAUCAUAAUAUUCUAAUAGUAGCUGCAUCAAAUAGCCAGCCUCCACCUCACUUAUCACUGCUCUUAAAAGUAGAAUAACUAUCACAGUUAAAAAGGAAGCAGGUCUAACUCUGUAAGCUUUUAGUUCAGUAAAACAUGAUGGAGCAUGCUGUUUGAGGAAAAUAAUCCAUUAGCACCCCAAAGUGCAAUGUUUUCCUGUAACAGUAAGCCCUGAAGUGUUUUAUUCCUCUUAUACCACAGCCAUUUGCUCACAAGACUCUUUUGAUAGGGACUGUCCAGAACUGCUCAACAGUAUGCAUGGCUUACGUCAAAGAUCUUGAAAAUACUGAGGAUAUAAGUAUCUCAAGACAGACUUCUGGCAUUCUCAGGAGAGUCUGGCUCGUUUUAUGAUUAAACAGAGUCUGAAUUUCUAUUUGCAAUUUGAACAUUGUUUGGCUUUGGAUUUUGUAAAUAAAUCUCUUGCACAUGGACGCUGGUUCCAUAAAUGAUCCACCACAUACCUUUCCCUGUAGCUCAUCAGCAAACAUGAGUCUCAUUUACUCACCACAAACUGCUCCUUUAAUAAAUUUUAAAGAUAUUUUUUUCAGUCCAGUGACUUACUCUGAAAAGCUCAUUGUGUUAUUAUUUUCAGAAGCUCACUUUCCAGCUGAAAACCGGUGCAUGGAAGUCCAAAUAUACAGAAGUGCUGACAGCCAAUAAUCAGAUUUCAACCAUAAAGAUUCUGAAGCUGGUGGCCAGAAAAGUGUACAACAGAUAGACAUUCUGUGGCCCAUAGCAGAACAUCUGAAACUGAGACUACAUAAUGACAAUCUUAUAUGCCUUAUUUUUCACACAUGCACCAUAAUCACAACAAUUGGGGCGUGUAAUGUAUAAAAACUUACAUUAGCUGCUGUUCAUAGAUAUUCAUGUCUUAUUCUAAAACCACUAUUCCUUGCUUAUGCAUGUGUUAUGAAGAUAUAGAUCAUUUUAAUGUAGGAGUGAAAAGUCUUUACGUCAUAAAACCUUGAGUCUCCAGUUGCUACACCUUUCAAAUGUGUGUGUGUGUGUGUCUUCAACCAAUGUGCUGCAUUGUAAAUUAAUUCUUGUACAUAAUGUGUUUUUUAAGUGCAAUAUUGUACAUUGAGUGUAGAGAUUUGGGACUUAUUUUCUUACCUGCUAGUGUAGUUUACAUUGUAAUCCAUAUUUAAGACUACAGAAAACCUUAUCAGUUAUUCACGUGGAUAAUCCAUGAGUUGACUACCAUGUCCUUCUGUAUUUAAAAGCAUGCGAUUUAAUUACCGUUUGAAAUGUUUGAAUAGAUACACAAACCAUGUGCUGAAAUAAAUACAGAUAUACAACAAUAUUUGGCUACUGACGUGUAAAACCGUUCAUGUUUGGGAUGGUGAGAGUUUUGAUUGGGGACUGUCUGGAAUUCUCUGUGUUAUAGCAUAAAGAAAAUAAAUGCACUUUUGGGAAAGA